AUGGCGAGAGGGCGGCCUUGUGGCCGGAGCAAGUCUGACCAUCGCGACUGCCAGGCAAUCCGCUUUGCGCGUGCCGCAGACUACAGAGAGAGGAUCUAUAUAAGUGCCGAGAAGCAAGCAGUUCUCAUCGCUGCUGUCAAUGCUCGGUGCCAUACCGAGCCUGCCCCUCGACGUCGACGGGGGCGUCGAUUCAAGAAGAAGGAAAAGACUGAGAAGCCUACUGGUGAGGUACCGCGACGCCAGAGCUUCACUGCUGCUGAGCAGACGGCGAAGCGGCAUGAUGCUAAAGUACUGAAAGAUGCCGUGAAGUGUGGUGCAUAUCGCGAUUUCAAACCAGCGCGGGGGGUCUUCUGCUCAUCAGCACCAAAGUGCAGGGCGCUGAUAGAGGUAUUGCUCCAGAUCGGGGCCGUGGAGAGCAAUCCAGGACCGUCAGGGCGACCGCUGAUCCUUCUUCCGACCGCAAAGGAGGUCGAAGAGAACGCCAAACCGAAGCCGGUCGGCACCGAGUACUUUGAUGCAUGGCGGGCAAACGAGCCCGGCCCCUCCUCCAGCGCCCCGCACUCUGCCAACGCUGCUGCGGAGCCGGCGCUGGACCCCGGCCCCUCCUUCAGCGCCCCACACCCUGCCAGCAUUCCCCGUCCGGCUGCUGCAGAACCGCCACGUGACCCGGCCCCCCCCUCCAACGCCCUGCAUCCUGCUGGGGCUCCCCGUCCGGCCGCUAUGGAGCCAGAGCCUGCGGAAAUUUCACGUCGGAAGAGGACCGCCCCAAGCAGAGAGGGCUUCCCGGGGCCAAGCAAUGCCAGGAUACGGGUCGGAAGCCCGGACGGAGCGGAGGCGUCCGACCAAGAAGUCGCCUCUGUCGACAUCGAAGAGACAUCAGAAGAGGCCGAGUCGGAGGAGGAGGCCACGUCUGAAGAUCUUCGGGGCAUCGACGACUCAUCGCAGCCGGACCCUGAGCGACGGGACCUGUACCGGCAGAAGGAGAUGGAGGAAGUGGCGGCUCAGGCCGCGGCGGAGGAGAUUAUGGACAGGGACGAGGCGCUGGCGCCCAUGCGGAGGGAGAUGCAGAGAAGGCGGGCGCCUGAAGCGUUAUCGUCUCCUGUGUCCUCAAUGAUGCGCGAGGACCUCGUGGCAGUCCCCGAGCCAGCGGUGCGCUCCGACCCAUUGACCGGCAACGAGGUCUUCAAGAAGGACAACUUCCGGGUGCUGCGCCUGCGGGAGCACGGCACCAACUCCUUCCAUCAGAGGGGCUCUAACCCAAGGGGCCGCCUUCCGGGCCCAAAGUUCUUCAUGCAGCAGGAGGCUGCGCUCCUUAACCAUGAGGCGCAAGUGGUCAUGCACAAGUGGUCGGGCAUAGAGUCAAACGGGGGGACGGAGGCGGGGGCGGAAGCUGGACACGAGGAGGGGGAGAGGUACACACGAGAGGAGGUCAUGAGAGUGAUCGAGGAGUGGGCCGGCACAGUCUUCUCGGAUUGCUACGGCCAUGAGCUGGAGAAAAGCAGCUUUGUGUGGAUCGAGAGCUCCGGCCAGACCAAGUUCAGCCUCCACCUCACCAUCAACCAGCUGGCCCCGCGCCAGCUCGUCUUCGGCUCCAACACCGAGGGGGCUCUCCACUUUGCGACGCGCCUCAAGAAGAGGCUGCACCUGUGGCACCCCGCGAUCGCCGCUCUCAUUGAUCUCAACGUCUACACGAAGGAUCGCGAGUGGCGGACCCCCGGGAGCGCCAAGGUGGAGAAGCCGCAGAGCGUCUUGACGUGCAUGAACCCGGCCCAUUCCUGGAAGGAUGCCCUGGUGACCUGGCUGGAGCCCCAAGAGGCCCGCGAAGAGGUCAAGCUGCCAUUCAAAGUGCCCGACAGACUUCACGAGGGUUUCAGAAACCCCCGCGUGAUGUCUGAACGCGGCACCGAGCGCAGCUCCCAGAAUUCUGAGUUUGUCAAGGCGCGCAUGCUGGCGCUGCUAAGAGAGCGCCUGCACCCCACCGCUUGCGAGGAGGGCGAGGAUCGCUACAAUUACAGCGAUCGCACAGAGCCCUGCUACACGGGUCGGAUCCACGAAAACCGUCAGAAUCUGAGAUGCUUCCUCAACCCGAACGGCAAGAUCUAUGCCCUCUGCUACAGCCAGAACACCGAGGGUGGGGACUCGGAAGAUCCCUGCGUCAGCACAGCGUUUUGCCUUGGAGACCUUUACGAGGACGACAACUCGUACGAGAGCGGCGCUGUCCAGGUGGACCUGGAGCACCUCAGGCGGGUUCCCGACGCGUCGACCCCUAGGCUCGUGUCCGAAGUCGCAGCUGGUGUGAGGAGUGCGGACGACGUGAUGAAGCUGAAUGCGGUCACCAACGAGUGGGUCGCGGGCACGUUUCCGCUGCUCGGCAUCAGGUCCGGCGUCAACACCGGCAAGACGGUGUUCUGCGGGGCGGUCGGGGACGAGCUCUGGCGAGCCAGCGACCGCCCCAUGACCACGAUCAUGAUCACAUACCGUGUGGCGCAAGCCCAGGACCUCAAGCUCCGCUUUCCUCGCACCGUGAACUACCUCGACCUGAAGGCUGACCACGCGGACGAGUGGUUCUCAGAUCCGCGUGAUGUGCGCGUCCUCCUGACGGCGCUCCAAUGCCGGGAGAAGUUCCCUGAGGUAGUGGUUCAGGUGGACAGCCUUCUGCACCUCCGGCCGGAAGGCAUCGGCGAGGUUGCUCCGUUCGACCUCGUGAUCCUGGACGAGGUGGCCAGCAUUCUUGCGCACCUCUCAGCGGCGACCCUGAGAAACGGCAUUGAGACCAGUGAGCUGCUGCUGGAGAUUGUGCGGCGGGGGAAGCGCGUGUUGGCCAUGGACGAUGGGUACGGCCAGCGGGAGCACGACUUCUUCCAGCUCGCAAACGUGCCCGGAAAGCUCAUCAUCAACACGAGAAGGGCAGCGGUACCCCUGACCUUCCUCGUGUGUCAGGAUGAGGAGAAGUGGCUGGCGCGGAUCGUCGCUGAUCUCGAAGCUGGCAAGAACGUGGUCGUCGUCAGCAUGUCUGCGCGGGUCCUGGACCGCAUCCGGGACCGGGUGACGAAGCACCGCGGGCUCGGGCUCGCAGACGGCGACAUCCUAAUCCACAAGGCCCUGAGCGGUGGCGACAACACGGCUCUGCUGAGGAACGUCGCUGUCAAUUGGAAGGUCCGCCUGCUCAUGUACAGCCCGACCGUGGAGGCCGGCGUGAACUUCGACGAGGACUGGUUCCACACCAAGUUCCUCUACAUGUGCAUGAAAAGCACAACGGCCCGUGCAGCCUGGCAGGCGACGCUGAGGGUGCGGCGAACCGAGAGCUCGGUGGUACACUGCUUCGUCCAGUCAUCCAUCUCGGUGUUGCUGUACUCUACGCCAUUGAUCCCGGCCUCACGCCUUCACACCUCCGAAGAUCAGGGCAUGAUGGCCACGACACCGGAGGCAUUGGAUGCCGACGACGACGACGAGCCGGAUCCACAGGAGCCCGGGCUCGAUCGCUUGGACCAGCAAGUUGCCGUCGAUUCUGUCCUCGACGACGCUUCUCUACCGCGCGGUGGCGAGGGUGCUUCUCGCGGUGGGUCCUCCAAGCGGGCCAAGGGGCUCUUUGCGCCUCCGCGGCGAGUGACCACGGCUGAGACGUCGCAGUACCUGCAAGUCUGCAACAACAGAGCGACGGCGGCAUGGAGGCGGGAAUGGACACAGACCGAAGAUCGUGCGAGGGUCGUUCGUCUGAUCGAGGACGGCCCCCUCUUCCGCGCUUUUGCGCACACCGAGGCGGAGCGGCAGAACUCAAACGCGCGACUUCUCCACGAGUUCCAGCUGCAAGUCGCUCGUGCUGGCCAUGUGGUCGAGAUUGAGCAGGUCGAGGAGCUUGCUAAGAAGAAGAGGAGGCCAAAAGGGUUGGACCCAGAUGCGGUCAGGAUUAUCGAGGCGAGGGCGAUCGAUGGGGCAGAGUAUGAGAGGGUGAAGCGGUUGGUUCAUGUGAAGAGGGAUAGCGGGUCGCAGCAUCUGGAGGUGAUGCGUUACGAGGCCUGUCAGUAUUACGGGCUCAAGGACAUUGACGAGCACUUUCUCAGAGAGACGAAAGCCCACUACAAGGCGCCGUUCUCGGAGCAGCUCGACUUUCUGUUGAAGGUGCUGCUUCCGGGGAAGUUUCUCGAUGAGGGGGCCGUUGCUCGCAAGAGCCACGAAGUCGUCAUGGUGCAAACGGCCCGGAAUCUGCUCACGGGCGUUAUGGGCCUAGCGCAUGCCUUCGACGUGGGCGGCGAGGCCCGGUCCCUACUCGCAGGCGGGCUCAAGGACAGGCUGGAGCGCUCGGACCUGUUUGAGGGCCACCGUAAGCGGGGUGGUGGGAAGGUGGCGAUGCGAGAGCGGCCCGUCUCUCAACUGUUCGGCAUCCAGCUCCCGAAAGUGCGAGAGGGAAAAGAUGAUCUCGAACCCCGGCAAUGGAAGGCGGUGAUGGACGGAGUGCUCAAACGCAUGGGCCUCAAGCUGGGGAAAGCGAUCGAGGUCAGCCGCCCGCGACGAGGGAAGGGGAAGGAGCACGAAUCGGGGGCCGGAAACAGCGACUACAAGUGGAAGCUGGAGGCGAAGAACGUCCUUCGGAUGGCCACGCUCGUCAAGCUGCAGGUCCGGGAGGUCCCUCGCGUCUGGCAGCAUCGGCGAGAGCUGGCGCCCGCUGUACGAGAGUUCCUCAAUGAAGUGGAUGCCAGCGGUCUCGAUUAUUUAUUGCGUAGGCCAUCUGGUGACCCUCCGUUAGAGGACCUGGGCCCGCCGGCAGGGUAUGGCUGGACGGCCCCUUCCAGCAGUCCAAGCAUCCAAUGCGUGAUCCGCGUGUACCAAGAAACGAUGUCUUUCUUUCUAAAGAAGCAAUAG